AAAAUCAUUAUUAAAAAAAUAACAGAUACUACAGAAGCAUUUUUUGUGAUAAAACUGGAUUUUACCUUAUUAAUAAAUGUUUUUGGCAGAGAAAAAGGAAGGCUUAAGACAUAUCACGCUUGAAUGCAUUUGGGACUUGGAAAAAUAACAGAAUACUCUUAUGUCUUGUGCUUCUAGUUGUUAAUUACAUUGUUGUACGGGUUUUACGUAUGACGUUAAGAGAGUGAGAUGCUGAAGGUUUGAAACUUGAAAGUGAUGAUAGGAUAUAACCGCUUAAGUAACUUGCCGACAAAAUCAAAGUUAGAUACGUGUAACACCUUGUUUUGGAUGUUACACUACUAGAACCUACAGUACAAUUUGUUCUCUUGCUACUUUAAAGAUUGAAUUGAAAUAGCAUUGUUUGUCUUUACUGUUUCCUUGAAUGUCAAACAUACUAAUAAUAAGACCUUCUUUUUUUUAAUGAAACCUGCACACUAAGUGUUUGUUAAAAUUCCUCUAAGGAAUUCAGCCUUACGGCGUUGUAUUUGUAACACAGGUUUUGGUUUUGACGGUGCUUAAGACUUGUACAACAUGGCUCAAUUGAAUGUGCCAGUGCUACAGUUCAACAAUUCUUCUGUCUUCAGAGUCCCUCCAACGACACUGUUUAUUUGCUUUCAGACACAAAGUAGAAGUAAUUCCUCAUGGUUAACUAAGAAGCUAUUAGUGGUUGAAGCAAGAGCAAAUGCUAGAACAGAAAGUCCAAAAAUUCGAAACAGAAGGAUUCAGAAAAAGUUCAAUGGAACUGCUAGAAAUCCAAGGCUUUCAGUAUUUUGCUCAGAGAAGCAAUUGUAUGCAAUGCUUGUAGAUGACAAGAAUAAGAAGUGUCUGUUCUAUGCAAGCACAGUGCAGAAAUCGAUCCGAAAUCCCCCAUGCAGCACUUCUGAAGCUGCUAAACGUGUUGGGGAGGCACUUGUCAAAGCCUGUGCAGACCUCAACAUAAAUGAAAUAUCGUCCUAUGAUCGCAAUGGACUUUACCGUGGACAAAGGUUGGAAGCCUUUGAGAUUGCCAUUUCCAGUUAUGGAUUCUUGCCGGGAUAGGUUUGUGUCUGAAAGCUUGAGCUCUUUUGUCAAAUAUACAACCCACUGGAGUCAAUGCUUUUCUAUGUAGACAUUAUAACUUUUCCAGAUUAGUAGGCUUUAAUCUCAUCAUGUGAUUAGUAAUUGCUGAAAAGUAGAAGAAAGGAACUAGAAAAUCAGUGGUCCAAUUGUUAUGGAACUUGAAGUCAUUUUCAUUUCUGAAUCACAUUGUUUUUACAUUAUGUCAUGCACGUCCACCACCUGGACAACACCUUAUGAAUUACAAGAAGGGGAGAGAUCAUCAAAUCUUUGAAGACAAACUUAACAUUAUAAAUAUUA